AUGUCUCCUUAUGGCAUUAAAUUUCCGUCACGAAUUAUGCGAAAUGCCGAAUUGGCUAAAAAUGAAAUGGAUGUUUCAAUUAUUACUAGUACGACUGUGACACAAACAUCAUCAACAAAAGUAACAAAAAGAAAGCCGCGAACGAGUUCUGUGAAAGAAAAGAAGUCUCGUCGGUCUUCUAAAUCAGAAGAAAAAGUAUCACCGUCUCCAAAAGUGAAGAAAGAGACUCCUGCUCCACCACCACCAGUACAAAAGACAAAAGCAUCCUCAGCAGCGGCCGGUCGUAAAUUUUCUCCAGACGAUAUUCAAAAAUUAUCGUUGAUUAAUUGUGCACGAGAAUUUGGUCAAUUUCACAAAGAAUUUUAUGUUGAUAUUGGAAAAGAUUCAUCAAAAGAUAAUCAUUUGAAACAGUUGGCAUUACAAACGACAAAAUGUUAUCAUUUAAGAAAUAUGUUUAAACGUUUAGGAAAUGAACAACAAAAUUACGAUCAAAUUAAACAUUAUUAUCAUGCACGACUAGACGAAUAUCGAGAACUGAGAAAAAUGGAUUUGAUUAAAAAAUUAAAUUCAUACCGACAACAAGUUAAAAUGCAUAUUGAUAAAUGGUUGAAACGGAAAAUUAGACCGACAAUGUCACAAAUACUGGAUACAACAACGGCUGAUGAAAAUACUCAAGAACAAGAAGAAAAUAUGGAAUAA